GUGAACAUAGCCGAAUCUCUCAACGACGAAGAGGUAAAGAAGAUUCACGAUGGUCGGAAUACGAAACUCGGACACCCAACCACUCGAAGAAGUUGGCAUGGACAAUCGUCGGCACGUGUUUCGUUCCGACAGUCUCCGACAAACAAAAACAUAAUUCCAACAAAUGGUUCUCCCAGAUAUUCCUUGAAUGGACAGCAACAACCAGUCCACGCAAAACUAGUUGCCGUAAAUAAUCACGAAGAUAGGAUGCGUGCGCAUUGGUCUACCGGUAGUCUCCGACUGCAUGCUUCGGAAAGGCCUCGGCUUUUGUCAGAUACUGUCGUCAUGAACAGACCUCGUGGAUACCCGAGUAUGAAUUGUAACGUUCAUCCGAAUUUUGAAAGGAAUUUCAACGGGUGUCGGAGCAGAAACGUCGAAAUGGCACAAGCGUCGGAUGUCGGUGUAAGACCAGAACGCCGGCGAUCACCGCCCGAUUAUUUGACAGCAAUAAAGCACUCAAAAG